GCCCUCGCUGGAGGGUGCCGCCAUUUUGUCUCUGUCCCCCUCGUCGGCCGUGGCGCCGUUGCUGGUGUAUCUUGCGGGAGAGGGAGAGCUGCUGACGGGCGGUCCGGCAGCACCAUGAUUUCGGCUGCCCAGCUUUUGGACGAGCUUAUGGGCCGGGACAGGAACCUUGCCCCGGAUGAAAAGCGCAGCAACGUGCGGUGGGACCAUGAAAGCGUUUGUAAAUACUACCUUUGUGGAUUUUGUCCGGCUGAAUUAUUUACAAAUACCCGUUCUGACUUGGGUCCAUGUGAAAAAAUUCAUGAUGAAAACCUCAGAAAACAAUAUGAAAAGAGUUCACGGUUUAUGAAAGUAGGCUAUGAAAGGGAAUUCCUUCGUUAUUUACAGAGCUUGCUUGCAGAGGUCGAACGGCGAAUUCGAAGAGGCCAUGCUCGUUUAGCGUUGUCUCAGAACCAGCAGUCCUCUGGUCAGGCAGCAGGACCUACUGGUAAAAAUGAAGAGAAGAUUCAAGUUUUAACUGACAAAAUUGAUGUACUUCUACAGCAGAUUGAAGAGCUUGGUACUGAAGGAAAAGUAGAAGAGGCUCAAGGAAUGAUGAAGCUUGUUGAACAGUUAAAGGAAGAAAGAGAAUUGCUCAGAUCUACAACUUCAACAAUUGAGAGCUUUGCAGCCCAGGAAAAGCAGAUGGAAGUUUGUGAAGUCUGUGGAGCUUUUUUAAUUGUAGGAGAUGCACAGUCAAGAGUGGAUGAUCACUUGAUGGGAAAACAACAUAUGGGUUAUGCUAAAAUUAAAGCUACAGUAGAAGAAUUAAAAGAAAAAUUAAGAAAGAGAACUGAAGAGCCUGACCGUGAUGAUCGAUUAAAAAAAGAGAAACUAGAACGUGAAGAGAGGGAGCGGGAGCGUGAAAAGGAAGAAAAAGAAAGAAAAAGGCGUCGUGAGGAAGAAGAAAAGGAAAAAGAGAGAGCUCGUGAUAGAGAGAGACGAAAGAGGAGUCGUUCACGUAGCAGGCAUUCAAGCAGAACCUCUGACAGGAGAGGUAGUCGGUCAAGAGACCAUAAAAGAUCAAGAAGCAAAGACAGAAGACGAAGCCGGAGUCGAGAUCGACGCAGAAGCCGUAGCCAUGAUAGGUCAGACAGAAAGCACCGAUCACGCAGCAGGGAGAGAAGGCGGUCAAAGAGCCGAGACCGCAAAUCCUACAAGCACCGAAGCAAAAGCAGGGAGCGAGAACAAGACAGGAAGUCUAAGGAAAAAGAAAAAAGGGGAUCUGAUGAUAAAAAAAGUAGUGUGAAGUCCAGUAGUCGAGAAAAACAGAGUGAAGACGCAAGCAUGGACUCCAAGGAAGGCGAUGCUAAGAAUGAGGUCAAUGGGACCAGUGAAGACAUAAAAUCUGAAGUUCAGCGUAAGUAUGUACAGAUGAAGAUGGAGCUAAAUCAAGUAAGAAGAGAUACUAAAGCCACUUCUGAAGGAAAACACAGUGUAGUCCUGCAAAACCUUUUGAGGUACAUUGUUUUGUAUCGGCUAUUUUGUAGCAGACUCAUACCCCCAUUAGUGUGCCUCUUGGGAACAUAUUUGUAAUUAUAGUCGCCAUAGACAUUAAUUAUCCUCUUUUUUAUUUUUAGGGGAUUUGUUAUAUUUUUUUAACUUCUAAACUGAUUUUGUAAUUAAGUCCAUAUUGUGUUGGUGCAUCAGAAACAUUUGCUUUAAUACUUAAUAUUUGAGGCACAUGUUGGACUGACUUUUGUUUUUAUAAAAACUGCUAGUAUUUCUUUGUCAAGGAUGUUUCUAGUUUUUUUGCUUUGCCUUGCAUUCUAAUGCAGUUUGUUCUGUAACUCGAGAGCCAGUAGCAUUGGAUUGAUGGAAGUGUAGGGUUUAUGAAUAAUUGCAGCUGACUACCAUACCUCACACAGCGUUGGUGUUGUGAGCGGCCCAUGAAAAGCCAAAUUAAAAAUCAAGGAUUCAGUCAAACUAAGCAGGUACUCAUGCCAGGUACUCCUUUCUCUACCCACAUCCAUGUUUGAAUGCUGUUGCCUGUAAUCUUUAAGCUUACUGUUGUGUGUUUUAUUUAUGAAAAAGUGAAAAGGAAUCUUUGUGCAUAUUUUGUGAAACUUGUUAACCUGACAUUAACUUGACUGGCAUUUUCUUUCAACUGUGUGUAGGGAUGCAGUGCUGCCCAGAAUUAGAUAUCUUUAUUAAAUGCAAUAGAUACUACCUAAUAACCGCCUUGUUACAUUCAAUGCAUUUCAAGUCUAUAAGAGGUAUGUGUUUAUAAUUUCCUACGGUGUAGGAGAAUUGCCAGGCAGCCAUGGCACCCAACAUCCUAGACUGGCUGAUACCAGACUUGGGAGGCAAAUGAAAAUAAAGGGCAGUGUCAGAAACACCUAACAAUAAGUAUAUAUAAACUGCAAAAACAUAUACAGCCACAUUACUUAAAUAAAGAAAACAAACCCUGAAGUAAAAAUAAUCUGUUCUUUAAGAUUUUCAAGAAUCAUUCCUUAAAGGAAUAAGCAGAAAUAAAACUAGCAGAGUGGUUUAAUACAUUUUAGCAUAUCUCCAAAGAGCUACUGGGCAAUUAAAGCACAGGCUUAUGCAUGUUUCUUGAGGAGUAAGUUCCACUGUCUUUGGUGGGUCCUACUCCCACGGAAAUGUGUAUAGAGUUGCAAUCCACAGAAUACUGAUGUUGUUUAACUUCCAUUCAUUUCAAUGGCACUUGCAUUAGACUCCUGUGCAAGUCCAGUUGGAAUAGGUGAAGGCUCCCAACAGCACUGACUGGUGAAUUGUAACGUUGUUUGUCCUUUACUAUUGGAUACAUAGGCGCUUUAGGUAGAGUAGAUAAAAGGUCCUUUUGAAGAGUUAAAUGGGCAGCAAACAAUAUGUAGGAGCGGCAAAUGAAAGUAAUCAGUGUUCCCACUAUCUGACUCUCUUUCCCCAACAUUUUGCAUUAUAGGACAACUGGGUGACAAGUCUGCGAAGAAUCCAGAAGACUGCAUAUUAUGAAGAUCUGCUUUAAAAUGAGGUGAAAGAAAGCUGUAGUGGCAUAGAAAAAAAAAUAAAGUUCAGUUAGAUUUUUUUUAAUAAAGAUUAAUUCAGGACUGUUGUGACCUCUCAGAAUACUGAAAAGUUAAUAAUUAAACAAUCUACUGAGAAUUUAAGUCCUUUUACCAUUUUCCCUAUAAGACUUUUAAGAUGAUAAACCAACAUAAUCUGAACACAUGGCUUGCUCAGUGUUUAAUUGCAAGUUUUCAUUCUUGAACUUCAAAAACAAGGAUAAAUGUUUAGUAUUUGUGUGACUCAGACAGGAACAAAUCCCAUUUUUACAGCCAGGCUAUACCUAGCUUCUUGAUAUAUCCUAAUGGAAAUAAAAGUAUCUAUGAAUUUCUGUUACACAUCCAAUUGUCAUUGAGUGUUUAAUAUUAAAUAGACUUCUUUCCAAAUAAAUGUGUUCAGCAGCA